UAUAGUUUUAAAUACAAGCCAUCUCUCUUGUCCCAAUACAGUACUAAACCCUAACAACAACAUCACAAUAUUAAAAAGAAAUUCAAUCUUUCAAAAAUGGUGAGUCUAUUCUCGUCACUGAAGAAAUCGAGGAAAGGAAACAAAGAAAGCAAGAACCCUUAUUCAGAUCUCGGACUUGAAAAGUUCUCUGCACUUCUCUCUGAGCUCGACGAGAAGAGACAAAGCAUUUAUGCAACGAGGGUCGACUCAGAUGGGCCGCCUCUUGUUCGGUUUGUGUUCAAAAGCUCAGGGGAGUGCGUCCCUAUCAUGAUAAAGACAAAGAAGGUAACCAAGAAGAAGGAUUCUGAAGAUGAUUUCAAGGUCAAGAUCGAUACAAAAGUGGAGGAGGUGAAAGAAAUAAAGAAUACAGAGUCAGUAACAGAGCAGAAACAGAGCUGCGUGUUGAACGAGAAUCUGAAGAAGAUUUCGAGACCGUACCGUUUCUUACCGGCCGUGACAAUGAUCUUGGUUUUGAUCUUCUUGGUGUUCUUUGGACGAACCGUGUCUAUCAUGUGCACUUGUAUCGUUUGGUACUUGGUUCCAUUGAUUAAGGAACAUAGUAGAAGGAGAAGAUCAUCACCUAAUGAAACCGAAAAGAAAAACAAGAAGUUGUUUUCACAUCUGGCUGCUCACCCGUGACCAAAACUUAUUUAACUUUUUUUGUGGAAUGUUUUGUUCAUAGUUCAUUUUGCCUAAAAUGUUAAUAGUUUUGUUCAUAGUUGUUAAUAGUUUUGAAAUAGAAAGAUCUGUAAAUUCUGAUUUUUUUUUUUCAUUUUCUAAUGUUAAUGGUAUGUAAUUAUAUAUUAAACGGGUCGUGGUCCGCCAUUCCUUAAUUCAGUUAUAAUUAGUUGAAUUUU